AUUCGAAAACUUCUCCGGACUCCGAGAUCCAGGUCGACCGCAACAACAGCAAUUCAAGAUGUCUUUCCGUGGAGGCCGUGGUUUUGCGUCUGGCGCCAACCGUGGCGGUUUCGGUAGCCGUGGAGGUCGCGGAGGUUUCCAGGCGCCUGUCGGACCCCCUGCUCAGGUUCUGGAGAUGGGAACUGUGAUGCACGCUUGUGAAGGCGAAAUGGUUUGCGAGUCGAUCAACCCGAAGAUUCCUUACUUCAACGCCCCCAUCUACCUCGAGAACAAAACCCCUAUUGGCAAGGUCGACGAAGUUCUGGGUCCCAUCAACCAGGUCUAUUUCACCAUCAAGCCUCAGGAAGGAAUUGUCGCGACCUCCUUCAAGCCUGGUGACAAGGUCUACAUUGGUGGAGACAAGCUCCUUCCUUUGGAGAAGUGCCGCGAAGCCCAAGAGAGCUGGCGGUGGUGCCAGAGGCGGUCCCAUGCGCGGUGGGGACGCGGUGGACCCCGUGGAGGUGGUUUCCGCGGUGGAAGCGGUGGUUUCUCGCGGGGUGGUGGCAGAGGAGGACCUCGUGGUGGUGGUGUCCUUCCCGUUCGUCAUUUCUACCUGAGCAUGUCUCGCCGGGUUUCUGCCAUGCCGUCAAAUACUUCGACUAGCGGUGUCCCACCUGCGGGUGAUGGUGGCCAGGAAAAGCAGAAGAUGCUUCUAUCGUCGGAAACAGGCCAUUUUAGCAUGAUCAGGGCUUUGCAUCUCGCCGAUCUAGUGACUGAACUCAAUGGAUUCUGUGGAGUGAUGUCCGUCUUCUCUUCUAUGCGCUACUGCCUAGGUGAUCCUCACGACUACGGUCCGAUUUGGGCCGCUCUGAUCUUCAUGCCCUUUGGACUCUUUUUCGACUUCAUGGACGGAAGGAUUGCUAGGUGGAGGAAAAAGUCAUCCCUCAUGGGACAAGAACUGGAUUCAUUGGCUGAUCUGAUUUCCUUCGGCAUGGCACCCGCCGCGGCAGCUUUCGCGCUCGGAAUGCGCACCAGCCUCGACCACCUGUUCCUUUCCUUCUUCGUCCUCUGCGGCCUGACACGGUUGGCACGGUUCAAUGUGACUGUCGCUGUUCUUCCCAAGGACAAGUCCGGCAAAUCCAAAUACUUCGAGGGCACCCCUAUUCCGACAACCUUGUCCAUUACCUUUUUCAUGACAUACUGUGUUUCUCAAGACUGGGUGCUGGACAACCUACCGCUUGGCCUUGUAGCCGAGGGUACGGCUUUCGAAUUCCACCCCCUGGUACUGCUGUUUGUCCUGCACGGCUGUCUCAUGGUCAGCAAGACGCUGCACAUCCCUAAGCCUUAGAGGGAGAACGCCACCCGGGCAAGCAGGAAGUUUGUCUAAACCAGGAUUCCCGUUUUUGAUAGAGAUGUCUUUUGCGAGCCAUAUAUACCAAGGGAAACCAAAAACAAAAGUGGGCAUGGGAGCAUUUGUUGAAGAUAACGCAGUUGUCGCUAAAUGAAAAUGAUUUGCAUAUCUUGCAUAGUAAUGCGGUUGCUCCCAUAAAUACGGGGGCCAGAAUUUUUUAUCCGGGCAUGUCUCCUUCGGGGUUGUUGUAUUAGGAUCAAUCGUACUACAUGCUACUUCUACACUUC